AUGGAACAAUCAGGAAGUAAGACCUCUCAUGCCGAAAAGCCUGAGAAAUUCAAAGGCACUGACUUCAAACGUUGGCAACAGAAGAUGUUGUUCUAUCUGACAACAUUAAAUCUAGCCCACAUUCUCAGACAGGAUGCCCCUGUGUCGAAUAAGGAUCCUGCAACCAAAGAGACUGUCGCUGCAAUUGAUGCAUGGACACAAUCUGAUUUUCUGUGCAGGAACUAUAUCUUGAAUGGACUUGAUGAUGCACUGUAUGAUGUCUAUGCAGCAUUCAAGACGGCUAGAGAAGUUUGGGAAUCUCUUGAGAAAAAAUAUAAAACUGAAGAUGCAGGAUCCAAGAAAUUUGUUGUAGGCAGAUUUCUGGAUUUCAAGAUGGUAGAUUCCAAACCUGUUGUCAAACAAGUUGAAAACCUCCAGAAAAUUAUCCAUGAGAUUCUUGCUGAAGGCAUGAAGAUCAAUGAAUCUUUCCAAGUGGCGUCCUUGAUUGAAAAACUCCCACCAAAUUGGAAAGAAUUCAAGAGUUAUUUGAAGCACAAGAGAAAGGAGAUGAGUAUGGAGGAUCUCAUUGUUAGGCUUCGGAUUGAGGAGGAUAACAGAAUAAGUGAGAACAAGAAUGUGGUUUCAAACAUGGAAGCCAAGGCAAACAUAGUUGAAGGAACCUCAGCAAAACCAAAAUUCAAUCCCAAAAUGAACAAGAAGAACUUUGUUCCUGGAGCAAAAGGAAAAGACUUCAAAAAGAUUAAAGGAGCAUGCUGGGUCUGUGGGAAAACAGGCCAUAAGGCUCAAGACUGCAGGCAUAGAAAGAAUCAGAAUCCUGCCAAUCCUGCAAAUCCAAACUACAACAGGCCAAGGAACAAUCAGGCCAAUGUGACUGAAGAAAACUUGGCUGCAGUGGUGUCAGAAACCAACAUGGUUUCGAAUGACAAUGAGUGGCUGAUUGAUACUGGAGCCACCCGCCAUAUCUGUGGUGAUAAGAAUGCAUUUCUUACUUACCAAGAGAUACAUGGUGGUGAACAACUGUUUAUGGGAAAUGCCUCUGCAUCUGCUGUUGUUGGAAAGGGAAAAGUGCUUCUGAAAUUCACCUCUGGAAAGGAACUAACCCUCCUAGAUGUGCUGCAUGUGCCAGACAUAAGAAGGAACUUGGUAUCUGGACCUGUUCUAAGCAACAAAGGAUUCAAACUAGUUUUCGAAUCCAACAAAGUUGUACUAACUAAGGGGGGAAUGUUUGUGGGAAAAGGUUAUCUUGCUGAUGGGUUAUUCAAAGUCAAUGUAUCUGCCAAUUCUAUGAAUAAUAAUAUAAAUAAGGCUUCUGCUUAUAUGGUUGAUUCUUCUUCUACAUUAUGGCAUGCUAGAUUAGGACAUGUGAAUUUCCGUUCCUUACAUAGAAUGUAUAAUUUAGGAUUGCUGCCUAAGUUAGAUUCUAUUGAAAAUAUUAAAUGUGAAACAUGUACAGAAUCUAAAUUUGCCAGAAAAAGUUUUAAAUCUGUACAUAAUAGGUCCAAUGAACUGCUAGGCUUAAUUCAUAGUGAUUUAUGUGAUUUUAAAUCAACACCAAGUCGUGGAGGAAAGCAAUAUUAUGUGACUUUCAUUGAUGAUUGCAGCAAGUACUGUUAUGUAUAUUUAUUACAUAGCAAAGAUGAGACCUUGGAUAUGUUUAAGACAUAUAAGGCUGAAGUUGAAAAUCAACUCAACAGAAAAAUUAAAGUCCUAAGAUCAGAUAGAGGAGGGGAAUAUGAAUCCACUGCAUUUGCUGAAUUUUGUGCCACAAAUGGUAUAAUUCAUCAAACGACAGCUCCUUAUACACCGCAACAAAACGGUGUUGCUGAAAGGAAAAAUAGGACAUUAAAAGACAUGAUAAAUUCUAUGCUGAAUAGUUCUGGGCUUCCACAUAACAUGUGGGGUGAAGCCUUACUUACUGCAAAUACAAUCUUGAAUCGAAUUCCACAUAAAACGAGUAACAAGUCACCAUAUGAAGUAUGGAAAGGAAGGUUACCAACCUAUAAGACACUCAAAGUGUGGGGUUGCCUAGCAAAAGUUCAAGUUCCUUUGCCAAAGAGAACUAAACUUGGACCCAAAACUAUAGAUUGUGUCUUCAUUGGAUUUGCAUCCAAUAGUGCUGCUUAUAAAUUUUUAGUAUUUCACUCUGAUGUUUCUGAAUACAUGUGA